AUGGCGGUAUCCGAUCCACCGAGUCGACCGGCGUCGAGCGUCGCCACCGGGAAGUCUUCGCCCGUCGCGGGCGGCGACGUCGAGGGAGACAUGCUCGGCGGCAGCACCACAGUCGACGACUCGAGCGAGUUCGCGCUUGGCUCCUCCGACGUCGUCGAUGCGUCCGUGUCGCUGGAGGGAGACGUCGAACGCACGCCCCCGAGACACGAGCGCGGACCGUCUCUCGUGCACGAUAUCGUGACGAGCGCCAUCGACAAGGCUGAGGAGAGCGCGGAGGCGUGGGAGGCUGUCGACGCUGCAAUGGAGAGGGCGACGGAGGGUAUAUCCAAGAGCGGCUCGAUGGCUGGGAGCAGGCCGCCGACCGCGGGGUCGCAGGGCACGCAGGUGCACAACCUGGUCGAGGAUGCGAUUCAUAACGUGGAGCAACAGGCAGAGCAGAGCGAGAUCAUCCACACGCUCGUCGACGGUGUCGUUCAGAACGUGAUCGACUCGGCAGAGAAGAAUCCCGACGACAGGCCCCCAUCCGUGGUCGCGCACGACGUCAGCACCGCGUCGAACACGCAAGAGUUUGAUGAGAGCAACGAGUACAGCGCCGACUUCGAGAGCGCAGAUCCGACGGAUCCCAGCUCCGGGGAUAUCGCGCGCUCGCUCAUGCCCAGCAGCAAGUUGUCGUCCAUGCAGGACAUGGAGGCAGCCGCCGACGUAUCCGAGAUGUCUCCAAAGGCUGUGGGCGGCGCAACGGGAGACCUCUUCGCCGCGACCCGCAAGACGACGGCCGAGCCGCAGCCCGAUCCCGAUCCCGAGCCCGAGCCCGAGCUCGAGCCCGAGCCCGAGCCAGAAUCCCUGUCGCUCAUGCCCAGCAGUAAGUUGUCGUCCAUGCAGGACAUGGAGGCAGCCGCCGACGUAUCCGAGAUGUCUCCAAAGGCUGUGGGCGGCGCAACGGGAGACCUCUUCGCCGCGACCCGCAAGACGACGGCCGAGCCGCAGCCCGAUCCCGAGCCCGAGCCCGAGCUCGAGUCCGGACCGGUGGAGGCGAAAGAAUCGUCUUCGAUGGCCGACCCUGAGUACAGCGCUGACUUUGAGGAUGCUCCCGCGGAGUACAGCGACACGUUUGAGGAUCCGGAGACGCUGAGCAAGUCCAAGCUGUCCGCCGGGGGUUCACCCAAGCCAUCGCCGCCGAGGGAUCCCGCUCCGCCCGCGGCCAAGGCCAAGGCUCGCAGGCCCGCGCGCAAGUACACGCUGCCACCGGUGAAGCCCUCCAUGCAGCGGUCUCAGCUGGGCAAGAUGGUUGAGAGCGAGAAGAAGUCUGGCCCCUCGUUUGGGUUUGGCACGGCGACGAGGUUCGACUUCCAGAAGAAGACCCCGGAGGAGUCGCUAGCGUUGAACGCGAGUCUUCGAAGGAACCGAAGCAGGCUCGGGGAUACGGGUCCAAAGUACGAGGUACCCGGUCCGGGGUAUUACAAGGCCGCCAACUCGGUGGGCAGGCAGGGGUACUCUGAGCGAAGGACAAUGCCCAGCGGAUGCUUCGGGAGGGCGUCCAGGGACGCGGCUGGUAAGGCUGAGGAUCGUCAGAAGAUCGCCCCGGCGCCCGUGGCUUACACCCUUCCGGACUCCGUCGGCCGGCAGCCCCACUCCAUGAAGGAGACUCUGCCGUCGAUAUCGUUCACCAAAUCAAAGCGUCGCGUCGGCGCGGCGGCGCUCAGGUACGACGAGACAAUCUCCCCGGGCCCGGUGUACCAGGCGGCCAGCGGGAUCGGGAGGCAGGCGCUGAGCGGGAAGUACUCCGCCAACCCCAUACGUUUCCCCAAGGAGCUGAGGAGCACAGAUAGGACCAAGAAGAACCCCGACGAGGUGCGUUGGGCGUCCGUUCCGGGUCCCGGAGCGUACGCGCUGCCAAAGUCGGUUGGUCGGCAGGCGGAGUCGCACCGCGGCACGCUCCCCGCGGUGUCGUUCGGCACGUGCUACAGGGAACAGGCCGCGAAGGCGAGCCUUGGAAAGCUACAGGCGAAGGCUAUCCUCGGCGGCGCGCUCGGUCCCGGUCCCGCGGCGAGGACCUUGCCCAGCGGGGUCGGCAUGCAGCGGCUGAGCGGCAACGUCACGCUGCCCACAAUUGGCUUCACGAAGGGCGAGAGGUGGCAGACGCGGCGAAGCAAGCUGGACGUGCCCGGCCCCGGCGCGUACCGCGUGUGA